AUGGCCGAAGCGCUAGGAGUUGCCGCGAGCGCGAUCAGCAUCCUGACGCUGACGGCUCAGAUCAUCGACUCGAUCGACAAGCUUCGCGCUCUUCAUAUAUUUGUCAAAACGGCUUCGAUCGAGUUCGAGGAUCUCCUCGCGGAGAUCGAAAUCAUUCAAGCUGUUCUCCGCACAUUGACUCCGGAAAUGCUCGCCUUGCUAAAUCUUCCAUCGGCUGAGCGUCGGUUACAGGUUUUUCAUCAAGAUCUUGAGACCCUAAUCCUCAAGGUGUCCAAGUACAGGAGUACGGCGGACCGAAAGUUGGGAGCUGUCAAGCUCGUUCUCAAGAGGGAGACUUUUCGGACCCAGCGACAGAAUCUCGAUAAUCUCAAAAGCACUCUUUCCCUGCUCCAAUUGGCUUGCUAUCAUGCAUCAGUCUCUCAGGCCUCUCGAAAGUCCUUAACAGAUGAUACAACAGCUCGUAGUCAUGCAGAGGACUCCAAUGGAUGUCGACAGGUGGCACGAAAGCUAGACGGCGAAAAACAACCAAAGAGGUGGUAUAGAAACGAAUACCGUUUUCGCACCCCGCUGUACUUUAUGGACAAAAUGUGGACAAUACGUACCACAGAACUCUACGGCUGGAAAUUUACACUACAAGCCAAUAAUGUGAUACCAUGCGACUCGCCUGUGUUUCGCCACUGCCAACGAGGAGAAGUAGAGGAAGUGAAAAUGUUAUUUUCCAGUGGCAGUGGGUCUCCUUUUGACUGCACCCCUGAUGGAAUCACACUGCUACAUGUGGCCUCAAGAAGGGGCCAGGUGGACAUGUGUCGGUUUCUUCUGGAGAAUGGCGCGAACCGAAACUGCAGAACUCAGAAAGGACUCAGUCCUCUUCACUACGCAAAUGCAUAUCUCAUUGUGACUCAUGUUCCACCAGAAGAUAGCGUUUGGAUUUACGACUUUUAUCGGCUGUUCCUACAAGAGGCUGAAGAAAUUCUAUUUGAAGACUACACGGCAGAUGACUUUCCCCUGUUCAGCUUCAGCGCACCCCCGGACACCCUGAGUCUGAUUCAAAGCCAUUCAUUCGACAACUAUUCAGCAUUACCCCUUGAAAUCCGGUUCAGACGCGCAAUGGCCCUGAACACUGUGCUGCAUUGCAACCUGAGCCCACAGGUCGUUCAACUUGCUAUGGGAGGGAGCCCUAUUGACCAAGCGUCGUAUCUGCUAGAAGACGUCAACGGAGAGACCUUGCUACACAAAAUAACACAGGCCAUGGGAGCCACAUUGUCGAUUGAUGGCCCUACAGGGGUUGUACCAUGGCUCCCACUCCUGUCAGAUGCCCUAUCAGCACAGGCGGAUCUCCACAAAAUAAGCCGUAGCUACCGCAUACACAAGACACCUUUAUUGGGCUUCAUUAUGACUUACACGUGGGGGCGAACGUAUGUCUACGAGUUACAAGUCUGGAGUCUUGCUUCGGCGCUACAGCUGUGGGCCUCUAUGAUGAGAGAUACCGGAGUUGAUCUGGAGACUUAUGGAAGGACGGAGGAUUAUUUACUCCACUCCCAAAUCACAGAGUGUUGGAUUCCGGUAGCAAUGCUCCACACACACGAGACGCUUGACAGUCCCUUCGGGAGCUCGGACCUAAUGUGUCCGGCUUUAGCCAGAAUAAUUGGCCUCAACUAUGGCCCUGAACCAGAGGACUGGCACCUGUGGGUAACGAAUCCAAUUGACGAGCUUGUUGGUGAGUUCUGGGAAAUGGUCGAGAGAAGUCUGGAGGUUAUGCCAGGCACGUGGAUCGAUUAA